AUGGACUACGGCCAUCAGAGAUACCUCGAUACUUUAAGUAGUCAGAAACAUAUCGUCCUUUGUGCAAUUGAGAGACUUGAGAGAAGACUUGCAGAGCAUCUAUACGAAAAGCAGCAAUGGUUCAAGUGGGUAAGGUCAUGUCAGGAUACGGAAGAACAGCAACGAGAGCACGAAAGAAAGAAGGUGAAGGCGGAAGCAGCCAUGUUCAAGCGGCAUCAAAGAGAGCUCGAUGCUCACACCCAGUCGCUACAGGCAAAAGAGUACGCACAGAAGCAGGAGACGGCCCUAGACGAGGCCUACCAGGACCGCAUGUCAGAGAUGGAGAAAGAGGCGCAAGAGGCAGAAUGGGAUCCGAUAGAAGAUGUGAUGGAAGACGAGAGACAAAAUUUUGUGGACUUGAUAAGGCAUUUCCUCUUCCUCUCCAAAGAAGAUCCAGCGCUUGCCACAAAUGGAAGCCUGCUUGAGAAUAUACAAACUAUGCAUUUGAACGGCGAGGCUACACCUUACCCUCAGCCAUCAGAAGAGCCUCAACCUCAACCAGCUGGCCGCAAUACAUCGAAAAAGAAGAAGAAAAAGAAGAAGGCUGCCGAGCCUGGCUCUGAUGUCCGACCGCUAGACAAGUCGAAUCAUGAGACACUUGAUGAGAUCAAGACGCGAUUGAAAGAGGGAGGAAAACUGGCGCCUGUAGACGGACUCCAAGUUGCGGGCACUAUUGGAAAUCCUAUAGAGCUGAGGGGCAAGAUCGCGCCCUUCGCCGAUGGAGAAAUUGAGGAUAUCCUCAAGGAUAUCCCCGAGAUCCAAACGCUCCUAUUUUGCAGACUGCUGCUCGCCCACGCCGCCAUUUUACCCGCGGCUAUAAAGGCUGGCAGCGUGGACGAAUUCUUGAGCGACCCUGAAGUCUCAGAGACUGACUUGAGAGACCUCUGCCUCAAAAUGGACAAGCCAAACCUGCAGGAGGUGCGAGAUGCUUGCGCAGAUCUCACAAGAGGUGCAGAGGAAGGAGAUGAGGAUUCGGCAGUAGCAGAGACAGAGUAUGGUAGUGAUGAAGAAGCCCGUGCUAAACAGAGUAGGAGAGAAAAGGCUAUGGGCCUGCGCAGAAACAUCAAAGGCCGUGAAAAAUGGUCUUCGGAAUCUGAAAAGCAGAUACAAGAAGGGAGAGAAAGGGCCAUUAGUCGGAUGAACAAAGAGAGCAUGAAGGCUGAUAUUGGUACUGAAAUGAUUGAUUUUGGUGAUCUGGAUGAUACUGGCAAAUUUAGAUCCCGCAACAUUCGGGUGAAGAUUUGUGGGAAAUACAUAUACAAUUACCCAAGCGAGAAGGCUGUCAGUCGUGGUGGUUGGCUCCAUUUCUGCAUCAUUGCUAAAGACAGUGAUUUGAAUGACGCGAUCAAGCUCUGUCGACAUUGGGAUGAGUUCUGGGAGCUCAACAUUCUGUCCGUGUAUCAGUAUUUUCCCGCUGCCAACUGGUCUCGAUGGAAAGGCGAUAUCAUGCGCCAACAGUUCUUGACUCUUUCAGGCUCUCGCAAUCAGCAAUUCCGGCGCCAGCAUGCAGUUGUCGAAAUGCGGAACUUCAUGUGUGGCCAUGUCAACCGCGACGAUCCAGCCAGUCGUAGAUUCUUGCAAUACCUGACUUUGCAGACAGACAGCGUUCUUUGCCUCAUACGAGACGCCAAGUCAGGCAAAGUGCUGUAUAAGCCACCACCAAGCGAUUCAGAAGACGAGACUGACAAUCGCUGGCUCGGUCGCUCGAAGCAUGGCCUAGGAAGAGCUACAAAGAAUUCAUGGGACAUCAUCGAGCAAGUUGAUGCAAACUUCUUCGACCGCAUGGACUCGGUCCGCGAAUGGCGAUUUGGGUUUAAUGACUACUAUGGUGUUUACGUAUGGGACCUUGUGCCUGCUCACGAUGCCAAUCAUCUCUAUGGCACUAUCGUCACCCAUAUCUUGAAAAGCAUUACUCGAGAUCCACAAACGAAGCGAAUACGUGACAUCAGACCUGACGAGACCAUACCGAGCAUUUGGGAUGAAUCCAUGGAAGCAUCAUUCUCCUUCAUCGACCCGAAUCAACCAGACGGAUUGGCUGAAGAUCAACAUACGAGCUCAUUCUACCAGGAAGCAGACGCCUUGGAGGACCAAGUACUCUUUCCAGAUGAUCAAAAGGGCGCCGCGGCGUUCAAGGGUAAUGCUGUUGACCGAUUUCUCAGCAACUUCCCCGAUUGGAGCCGUUUCGUCAAUGAUUUGAGCACCGAUGAAGAGAUGUGCACUGAUUCAGACGAGGAAUGGGAGGAUGAGGACCAUGAUAAUCACCUGAUAGAUGGUCCUAAACAGCACCUCAGGGUGAAUGAUGUAGAAAAAAGCUCAAGUGAGGAAUCUGAAUCUAUCUCUGGAUCUGAUGAUGAGCUCGUUGUAACUAGCAUCGCUCGAAACGAUCCAGCGCUCCGACUGUUUACUAAGGCGAGAGACGGAAAUUACACGCCUCUUGGUGACAAGUUCAAGUCCAAGGCUCUGGACAAAUUAUCUGAUGAAAUGAGACGCGAUGUACUCGCGACUAAAGGCUGGAAAAGUACUCACGACUACACAGAUACACGUGCUGAAUUCAUGAACUUCAUCGACAGAGAAAAAUCUAAGCCCAUGAAGCUAUCAUGGCACCGAGCUGAUCUCACCCCUGGAGCAGAUGACCGCCGGCGAGAGCAGGCUAGACUUGUAGCGGCAGCUAAACGCUAUAACUUGAAAAAGAACCCUUUCAAGCAAUUUGCCGAUCUUCGUUUCGUCAAUGUCCAUCCAGAACGACAUCGGCGGAUGUGUGCUGACAUGGUCGACGCCCGCGCCCUGAUAACACCAUUCUUCCCUCACAAGCCCAAUGGCCCCAAAACCCAACCGUUCACCUUCACCUCCCAGCUUCUAGACCAGGCAGCACGAGCACAGCAAACUCCAGCCGCCAGUCGCAGCACCUCCAGCAUGAAGGAUCGGCCAAAGUCGUUUUUCUCCGAACUCGACGCCCUCGACCUGCCUGAGCAGAAAGCCUUCACAAACGUCUGGGACGAAUUUCCCCGCUCGUGGGAUAAUGCGACACGGCCCAUUCUCGCCCGUCUCUUCAAAGCAGGCAUCAUCUCCCCGUGCGCCGCAAACCACGUCCCAGGGCAAGUCUUCUCUGCGCACGACCCCAAAACCCCCAACGCCCCUCUCGACCUCUUCGUCGACUAUCGCGCUAACGCAGACGGCUCCCUGAUCUUCCCGCCCUCCUUCAAAGAUCCCCCUCCGUUGACGCGCUGCUGA